AUGUGGCGAAAUUAUGUUGGAGGGCUUCAAUGUACAAGUAAUUCAUCUAAAUUGUCAUCUUCACAUACAGAAGAAGCCAGUAAUUUAUCAAUUGUUGAAGAAAAAGAACAAAAUAAUACAUCUUCUACUCUUGAAUCGUCAAAAAAUAAAAAAACAUCUAAAAAUAAUACUAGUGAAAAAUUAAAAGAAUUGGAUAAUUCUGAUAAAACAACAUUAAAAAAAGAAAAUUUUCAGGAAAGUGAAAAUUUAUCAAAAUUAAAUAUACCAUUAACAACAAAUUCAAAAGAUUUAUCUAAUAAAACAAAAAGUAAAAUACCUAUUUCAUCAUCUAUCAAAAUGAAUCCUGCAAGUAAUAUGUUUGAAAUGUCAAAUAAAUGUGAAAGAAAAGCUCCUUCAUUACCAUCUACUGAGGAUAUUGAAUAUCCUAGAGCAGCUUCAUGGGUUAGUGGAACUGUUAAAGAUUUAUUAGAUGAUAAAAUUGGUAAACAAGUUUUUAUGUGUUUUCUUUUUGAAUGUCUUGCUGAAGAGAAUUUAAUUUUUGUUGAUGAUAUUAAACGUCUUAAAGAAUUAAAAAAUAAGGACGAGCGUAAAACUCUUAUGCUAGAAUUAUUAGAUCGUUGUACAACAACAAUUAAUGUUAGUAGUAAAGCAUUACAAUUAAUUAAAAAAGAAAUUACUAAGGAUGAUCCCGAUAUAACAUGUUUUGAUUUGGCUGACAAAGAAGUUAGUAAAUUAUUAGAAAAUGAUCAAUUUCCACGUUUUCGUCGAUCAUCACUUUAUCUAGAUUUUCUUGAAAGAUUAUUACCAAAAGCUUAUGCUUUAAAAUGGAGUUCUAGUUUUGAAGCAUUAUUAGGAAAUCAAGUUGGCCGCCAUUACUUCCGCAAAUUUCUUCAAAGUAUUCAUGCUGAAGAAAAUCUUCGUUUUUGGGAAGCAGUUGUUGAAUUUAGAAGUGUAAAAAAUAAAAGUGUUGCUAUGGCAAAUUUAGGAAAAAAUAUUCAACAACAAUUUUUACGUGAAGGAACUCAUAACGAAGUAUUUCUUCCAUUUGGUUUAAGACAAACAAUUGAAAAAAAAAUUCAACAAAAAGACGUUGAUAUAACUCUUUUUGAUGAAGCAAUUAAACAUGUAGAACAAGUUUUGAAAAAUGAUCCCUAUGUUCGUUUUUUGCAAUCUAAAGAAUAUUUAGAUCUUUUAGAAAAACUUAAAUGA